AUGGCUUCUUUCUUGACACUGCUCUUCCCGCUGCUUGCAAUCAUUACCGUCGUUCCCAAAACCGUCGUUAAAGCCGCACCCGACCUAACUUACAUUUCGGCCCUCUGCAGCCAGAAAAGGGACCCCAACCCUCCUAAGCUGCGCAAUCUAGCACUCCAAGCGACGGACUUGGCGAUUGACGUCGUGAGCCCCGGCACCGCUGGCAACUGCGGUACCGUACUUACCGAUCCCGACAUGUUUGGAUUUGGUUCGUGUCCCACUAGCGGUUCGGACGAAGACUGCACCGCGUGCCUCAAGUUCGCGCAAGAUUGGUUGCUCAACACCUUGUGCAAGAAUGUGUAUGGCGGCCAAAUCACUCUCGCGGGUUGUUUCCUGAGGUUCGAGACAUAUAACUUCUGCCUCCCAUAA